AUGAAGAACAUGCCCUCGCGAGGCAAAGUUAGCAAGGUCAUAAAGACGGGCACCGCUCCUCGUCGUGGCAGUCGAUAUUCACCACUACCAAGCACAGCUCACGACCAGCUGGAAGCUUUGGUGCAACAAGCUUCUCAUGAUGGCCUCGCCAGGGAUGCGGCAAAUCUAGGACACUCAUCCAUGGCUGAUGCGAGCAGCCAUUUGAGUGAUUCUGUACAGCUCUCUGACACGGGUAUGCUCAGCAACACUGGCGGUUCUAUUUCUAGCCUUCAGCAGGCGUUGGAAGCCGAUCGUCAAGUGCUGCAAUUAGACCAACAUAAUCUCUCAGACAGUAUUCAUACUCCCUCGCCGGGUCCAACGGGGAAUGCGAGUAUUUCUGAAAAAAGUAAUUGCUAUGCACCAACUCGGACUGCGGCUGAUGUGGCGAUGGAGGCGUACAGCGAUACCCUGAAAAUUGACAGUGCACUUUGUAAGAAACUUGCGGGAGAGGCAGCACGUCGGGAGCCAACGCAACGACGGAGCGACCAAAAGCUGAACAUUGAAAGGCGUAGCAACGUCGAGGCUCUGUUGGCCCACGUCACCGGUGAAGUAGCUGCCCGGCCAUGCAAGAAUUGUCACAAAGGCCACGGCCCAUGGACACAAUGUGUUGUGUACGACGGCCAAAUGUGUGGUAGUUGUACUAACUGCUGGUUUAACGCGAGUGGUUCGAGGUGUACGUUUCAUGGUACGUGGCUGCUAUCGGACUCAAAAGAGUCUCCUUUCUACCUUGAUUCAUGUAUCCUCAGUCCUAACAAGAUGCUGUAUAAAUUAGAGAACAAUAACCCUCAGCCAUCCCACUUUGCUUCGCCUGCAGCCGGUCCUGCCUCCGCCCAGGUAGCGCCGCCUGCAGCGGCAUACCAGCAACUCUCUUCUGCGGCAACACCUCCCGCUGGGUCAUUGCAAUCCGAGAUUCUUCAAUGGGCCUUGGCUGAUGAAACUAGGCAGUUUCUGAGCCAGACCAUGGGAGAUAUCGUGAACUUGACAAAAAGAGGACGUUAUAUUGCCAGAAUCGAGGCCGCAGCCAAGGAAUUGGGCAUGCGUAUUGCAGAAUACGAUGAGUAUCUGCAAACUCCAGAAGGAAUCACCGAGCAGCAAAGGCUGGAACAAGAUCAGCUCUCUCAGAGUCAGGUGGGAGACAUGCCUAUGGAUGAUAACUCGCCCCACGGGCCGUUGACAUGA